GUGAAGGAGUCAGCAGUCCAGUCCCCUGCUACCGAAGCCGAACUAGGAGCAGACAGAAAAUGGCGAUCGAGCUCCGAUUCGCCGUUACCCCGCGCCGCCUCGCGCCGUCGAUACCUCCGACGAGCGCCUCUCUCGUACAUGGAGCAGGAGCGGCGCGCACUGUCUCCCUGGGAGGGACUCGCCGUGGCAGGAGACUGGCAAUGGCAGCCGUGGAUUUCGCUCGCUGUCGUGCCAGGAUAGGGGUGGACAGCAACGGCGUCCUGGGGGGAGUCGCCGUCCAGGAAGGAACCGGAGCGGAAGGGGGAGAUCAGCUGAGCGUGGUGAUGAAGUUCGGGGGCUCAUCCCUGUCGUCGGCGGCGAGGAUGGAGGAGGUGGCGGGGCUCAUCCUCGCCUUCCCCGAGGAGCGCCCCGUCGUCGUCCUCUCCGCCAUGGGGAAGACCACCAAUCUCCUCCACCUCGCUGGAGAGACAGCAGUGGGAUGUGGGGUGAACCAUGUUUCCGGAAUCGAAGAGUGGAACAUGCUCAAAGAUCUUCAUAUUCAGACAGUGAAUGAACUUGGACUGCCAAGAUCUGUGAUAGAUACUCUGCUAGAUGAACUAGAGCAGCUCUUGAAAAGUGUUGCCAUGAUGAAAGAGCUGACGCUCCGCACCACUGACUACCUUUUGUCAUUUGGAGAACGCAUGUCCACUCGCAUUUUUGCUGCUUAUUUGAACAAAUUUGGCGUCAAAGCACGACAGUGCGAUGCAUUUGAUAUUGGUUUCAUAACAUCAGAUGAUUUUGGUAAUGCGGAUAUCUUGGAAGCAACUUAUCCUGCUGUUGCAAAGAGACUACACGGAGACUGGAUUCGGGAUCCAGCAAUACCUAUUGUUACCGGGUUCCUCGGGAAGGGCUGGAAAACAGGUGUUGUUACUACUUUAGGCCGAGGUGGCAGUGACUUGACUGCUACAACCAUUGGUAAAGCCUUGGGAUUGAGAGAAAUUCAGGUAUGGAAAGAUGUUGAUGGUGUGCUGACAUGUGAUCCAAAUAUCUAUCCAAAUGCAAAGACUGUCCCAUACUUGACAUUUGAUGAGGCUUCUGAACUUGCUUAUUUUGGUGCGCAGGUUUUGCAUCCACAAUCAAUGAGACCUGCUAGAGAAGGAGAUAUACCAGUUAGAGUUAAGAAUUCAUACAACCCUAAAGCUCCAGGGACCCUCAUAACUAAACAGAGAGACAUGGAUAAGGUUGUGCUAACAAGUAUAGUGCUGAAGUCAAAUGUGACUAUGUUGGAUAUAGUGAGCACUCGGAUGCUUGGACAAUUUGGUUUCCUGGCGAAGGUGUUUUCAAUAUUUGAAGAUCUAGGCAUAUCUGUAGAUUGUGUGGCGACUAGUGAAGUCAGCAUUUCUGUGACGCUUGAUCCAUCAAAGAUCUGGAGCAGGGAGCUUAUUCAGCAGGAACUUGACCAUGUGGUGGAAGAGCUGGAGAAGAUCGCAUUCGUCCAUCUACUUCAGCAGAGGGCGAUAAUCUCUCUCAUUGGGAACGUCCGGCAAUCAUCUCUCAUACUAGAAAAGGCGUUCCAUGUGCUGAGGAAAAGCGGGGUGAACGUCCAGAUGAUCUCCCAAGGUGCAUCAAAGGUGAACAUGUCGCUGAUCGUCCACGACAGCGAGGCGCGGCGGUGCGUGGAGGCCCUCCACCAGACCUUCUUCGAGGGCGUCGACCCCCUGUCGACGACGGAGAUGGACGAGGAGGACCUGCGGCCUAUUCCACCAGUUUAGGGUUCCUGUCCGCCUCCACAGCUUGAUUUCCCACCGCAUGAACGAACAAACAGGCCGGGUGGUCAAGUCAGGGGGCUGAUGCU